AACCGGCUGACGACGAUCUGGCAUCAUUAGUGCUCACAUAACCUGAGGAUAAUUUUGUAAUUCGUUUUAGAAACACAGCCCCCGCAACACAAUGCAGAUUACACGCCUCGCCUUACGUCAAAUGACCCGUCAAAUUCGUUUGCAACGCAUGUACAGCGCUGCUGCGGCAACAGCCACUGCUGCUCCAGCUGAGAAUUUGGUGCCCCCAGUGCCCGAGGGAGUCGCCAAGCCACCCAAUCCCAAAUUGGACAGCAUUGUCAACAACAUAGCCGCCCUCAACCUGCUCGAGGUGGCCGAGCUGAGCACGCUGCUGAAACAAAAACUCAACCUGCCAGAGACUGCCUUCGCCCCACAGAUUGCAGUUGGUGGGCCGGCACGUGCUGCUUCGGCGGAUGAUGAAGAGGAGGCUGCCCCCAAGAAAGUGCAAACCUCGUUCACGGUGAAGCUGGUCAAGUUUGAUGAGAAACAAAAGGUGGCGCUUAUCAAGGAGGUGAAGACUCUGCUCGAGGGCAUGAAUUUGGUCCAGGCCAAGAAAUUUGUAGAGAGCGCUCCAACCAUUGUCAAAGGCGAUUUACCCAAAGAUGAGGCUGAGAAGCUAAAGGAGGCGCUCACCAAAGCAGGAGCCGUGAUCGAAAUUGAAUAGAUACAUUUUUUACGUUACCCAUCAUAUAGUUAUUGUUGUAAUAAAAAUGCCAGGCAACAUUUGCUGUAAAUCUAAACAAAAUGUCAUAGAGUAAAUGUGGAUUAGCUACAUACAUACAUAUAGAUAAGUAUGUAUUUGUUUGUUUGGCGACACAUUGUGACUUUUGUUGCAACUUUCUACGCAUUCGCCCUGGAAAACAAUCGAGUGUCCAUUCCACUUUUACCUUCUUA